AGUUCGCAGAAAACAGACGUGUCAGCAGAGACCAGGCCCCCCCCCACGUCCCGCAGCAUCCAGCCGAGCAGGACAGAGCCAGGACCGACCCCCCCUGACGGUGGACUAUGGGGGGAUACGCUGCGGCCCCCGCUGACCUGGAGCUCGGCAUCCAGGAGACGGUGCAGGCUCUGGGGGAGAAGAGGUCGCCCGCCGGGUGGAUGUGGAAGGUGCUGGGCGCCGUGCUGGCAGCGGCGCUGUGCCUGGGAGGACUGCAGCUCUGGGCUCUGUACUGGGCCCCCCGGCCCCAGACCACGGCUCAGGCGGAGGAGCGGAAGGCCCCCACCCUCGGGGACCCUGCCGGAUCCACAGACCCCCACCACAUGCUGAAGCAGUUCAGCAGCAACGCCAAGGCGGCCAUCCACCUCGUAGGCACGUACGACGAGGACGAGAGCGCCCAGCUGGAGUGGAGCGCCAGCCAGGGCCAGGGCUUCACUUACGGCAGCUUCCAGCUGCGGCAGAACCGGAUCGUGGUGCCGCGCGGCGGCCUGUACUUCGUCUACAGCCAGGCGUCGUUCAGGGUGACCUGCGGCGGCGAGGCGGGGGCCGGGGGCCCCCCCGUGCCCCCCAGCCACCGGAUCUGGCGCCUCUCCGACUCCAUCGGGAGUAAAGUGUCCCUGCUGAGCGCGGUGCGGUCGGUGUGCCAGCCCGGGGGGGCGGCGGGGGACGGCGAGCUGGGCUGGUACAACACCAUCUACCUGGGCGCCGUCUUCCAGCUCAACCGGGGGGACGAGCUGUGGACGGAGACCAACCUGCUGCCCGAGCUGGAGACCGACGAGGGCAAGACCUUCUUCGGGGUAUUUGCGCUCUGAUAAGGACCCCCCCUCCCCAAAGCCGCCAGAUGUUCUGGUCUUAUCCAUCCGAAUGGUGAUGUAGUGACGAUUAAAUCUCCAUGGAGAUGAACCCGCAGCCGCCGCCGCCGCGCUGACUCUGAUAACUUUAUAAACUGUAACAGUUUGCAUCAUAUCGUUAAUUUGAGGCACUUUUCUUUUUUACUCUGUGUAUUUAUGUGAACCUGAGACCCCCCCCAAUCGUUUCUUACUUCCUGUAAUUAUUUAUUUGUAUUUAUUUGUAUUUAAAUCACUGGGACGAGGUGUGCCUGCGCACAUUGUUAUUGAAAUAAACUAGAA